AUUAAAUUUAACCAAAUUAAAUCAAUUCUACAUCAAUCACGUGUGACUUUCUUUUUGUAGAAUCAUGAAUGGUCAAAUUUACGUUGAUGCAUUUUCAAUGCUACUAAACUACCAUUUGUGGUAUGUUUUGACACCUGUUCGUGUUGAUUUCAUUUGGAGGGACUCAAGAGCAAACAAACUUUUCAUGAUUCUCAUUGAUCAAAAUAGAGAGAAAUUGUUAGCAGUUGUUCCACAACCAAUGAUGCGCUUUAUUUAUGGAGGGAAUCUAUUGGGUGGUGUGUUUUCUUUAAACCAUUUCCAAGUCGAACCAACGUAUGCUGAGUAUCCGAGGUAUCAAGAAUACAGUUUAUUACGUGGCGAUUUGAUGAUUAAGAUCAGCAAUAACACACGAUUUAAUCGUUUGGCCGAUGCUAUCAUAUCAUGGUUUCCGGUUUUCCCAUUGGUUCCCUCAAUAAAAAGUUUAGUAGAGGAUCAGACAAAGAGAAAAAUGAUGAUUGAUAUUGUUGGAAAAAUCAUCAAAGGGAAGCGAAACUAUUCCCGUUACUCUGGUGUACUGACGUUAACUUCUUUCACUUUAUAUCUCCAAGAUGGGCCGUAA